AAAAAUGGUAGAAGAAAGAAAUAACACCCUACUCCAAAAAUAAAAAAACUAUUAAAAAAAAAUUUUUUUUGAUGACACACAAAUAAAAGUUAUCAAAUAUUGCUUACGUGUAUCAUUAGCUGCUCAAUUUUGUUAUUAAUUUCAAAUUAAAGCUAUCAAAUAAUGUCAUUAAAUUCAGUGAAUAUUAAAAAUAAAUUUUUUUAAAUUAAGUUUUUCAUUGUAAAUUGUGAUAUAAAUGUUGUUAAUUAAAAAUAAACAAAUUGAUAACAAUUCAACUAUAAAAAUCAUUAAUAAUCACCGGUGUUGUUCAACUAAAUUAUAACCUCAAAAUAAAGCCAUAAAUAAAAAAAUCUAAAUAAUAAUGCUUCCACCAAAAAAUGACUACAUAAGUUUAAAUAUAAAUGAUCAAUCAUCAACAUCAACACGUGAAACAUCAAAAAGUUUAUGGCGUAAAUGGAAUCAGCUAUCAAGAUUUCAACGUACAAUAUUGUACUUGUUAUUGAUAACAAUGAUAUUUAUAUUUUUUAACAUACUUCCUAAUACUAAAAAAACAAAAAUAACAUUUACAAAUGACAAUACAAUAAUACCAAUAACAAAAAAACAAAUAAAUAAUAAUAAUAAUGAUGAUAUAAAUAUGAUAAAUAAUAAUCAAGUUAUUGAUGAGCCAGAAUUUCAACAAUACAAUAAUAUAAAUGAUAUUGAAGAUGAAAAAAUUCAAGAUAAUAAUAAACCAAUUGGUAUAAAAUUUACUGGACCUAAAAAUAAACGUCAAAUUGCUGUUGUUAAUGCAUUUAAACAUUCAUGGAAUAAUUAUUGUAAAUAUGCAUGGGGACAUGAUAAUAUUAAACCAAUAUCACGUAGUUAUUCUGAUUGGUUUGGUCUUGGUUUAACAAUUGUUGAUUCACUUGAUACAAUGUAUAUUAUGGGUUUAAAUGAUGAUUUUAAUAAAGCUAAAAAAUGGAUAAAUAAUAGUCUUAUAUUUAAUAUUGAUAAAGAUGUUAAUUUAUUUGAAGUUACAAUAAGAGUACUUGGUGGUUUACUUGGUAUUUAUCAUUUAAGUGGUGAUAAAUUAUUUUUAAAUAAAGCUAUUGAUUUGGGUGAUCGUAUGUUACCAGCAUUUACAACAAAAUCUGGUGUACCAUAUUCAGAUGUUAAUUUAGGUACUAAAAGUGCACAUUCACCAAAAUGGGGACCUGAUAGUAGUACUAGUGAAGUAACAUCAUUACAAUUAGAAUUUAGAGAUUUAAGUAGAUCAAGUGGUCAGCCAAGAUUUGAGGCUGCUGUUGCUAAAGUAUCAGAGCAUGUUCAUAAUUUAGAAAAAAAAGAUGGUUUAGUACCAAUAUUUAUUAAUGCAAAUACUGGAUUAUUUAGAGAAUAUUCAACUAUAACACUUGGAGCUCGUGGUGAUAGUUAUUACGAGUACUUAUUAAAACAAUAUUUACAAACUGGACAAAAAAUUGAUUAUUUAAGGGAUGAUUACAUGUUGGCCAUUCAUGGAAUACAAAAACAUUUAGUUAAAAAAACAGCUAAAAAUAAAUAUGUAUUUAUUGCUGAGCUUAUUGGUACAUCUAGAGAAAUGAAACCAAAAAUGGAUCAUCUUGUGUGUUAUUUACCAGGUACACUUGCACUUGGUAGUCACAAUGGUUUAUCUGAUGAACACAUGGAAUUAGCAAAAGAAUUAACUAAAACUUGUUAUCAAACUUAUGCAAUACAACCGACAUUUCUUGCACCAGAAAUAACAUAUUUUAAUGUUCAAUCAAGUGAUGAUGAUAAUCAAAUGGAUAUGUAUGUUAAAACAACUGAUGCGCACAAUUUACUUCGACCAGAAUUUAUUGAAACAUUAUUUUAUAUGUGGUAUUUUACUGGUAAUAAAACUUAUCAAGAUUGGGGCUGGCAAAUAUUUCAGGCUUUUGAAAAUUACACAAGAGUUGAUUAUGGAUAUACAAGUAUUGGUAAUGUUAGAAAUACCCAAAAUGUACGUCCUCGUGAUAUGACUGAGAGUUUUUGGUUUGGUGAAACUCUUAAAUAUUUGUACCUGUUAUUUGAUGAUGAAAGAAAACUUAUUGAUCUUGAUAAAUGGGUAUUUAAUUCUGAGGGACAUCCAUUACCAAUUUAUGACUCGUAAAUAAUUACUUUUUUAAUAUAUUGAUAAUUCAAUAAUUAAUAAAUAAAUAUACUAGGCCAUAAAUAAUUAAAAAUGUCGUCCAUAUCGACUCUCAGUACUUAGAUUUUUUUAUUAAUUCGUUUUCUUUUUUAUACUGACAAUACUAAAGAAAAUGUACAGUUAUAUAAAAAACUUUAUUCUUUUUUUAAUUUAUUUUUUGAAACUUUUUUUUUUUUCUUUUUACAUAUAAUCAUUGUUUUUGAAUAAUUAAAAAAAGUCUAGUCGAUUAUAUUUAUAUAAUUUUUAAAUAUAAUCAAUUGUACAAUAAUUUAUUUAUUUUUUUUUUUUUUAAUUAAUUGACAUUAGCAAUAAAAAUUUUAACAUUAAUCAAUUUGCAUUAUCAUCGAUGACAAACUCCAAAGUUGUAAGAUUAAUUAAUUGGAUUUUGACAUCGACAGUUUUAUGCUAAUGAGUGAAAAAAAAAAAUAAUAAAUUACCUUAAUUAUUAUCUAGUUAUAUAAUAACAGAUAAAAUUAAUAAUCGCAAUUAAUUAAUUUAAUAAUGAAAAAAAUGAUUUUUUGUAAUUUACGAAAACUAAGUUAUUAUUUUAUUAGAAAUUUUAUUUUAGAAAAAACAUGGUUUUUUCGACAAGUGUAAACUAUUCGAUUGUUAAUAUUUAAAUAAUAAUAAUUAAAUUUUUUUUUUUUGAAUUAAUUAUAAGAUUAUAAUAAAGUUAAUAAAAGAAUAUAAUUUUUUUUUAAUUCUUUUUUAUUUAUUACAAGACAAGUGGCUUGAAAAUUUUUCGAAACAUACUGUUGCUCACAGGGGUUGAUUUACAAAUUUUAACAAUAUUUUUUAAGUAAAAAAAAAAUAAAUUUUUAACGAAAAAAAUAUAUGUAGAUAUGACUCAUAGAAAUUAUUAUCUAUUAAUUUCUAAAAUGAUAACAAACUAAUUUGAAUUUGAUAAGAAGUGACUAGUGUCGCUUAAUAAACAAACGGUAAUAAAAAGAAAUAAAAAUCUUGUUUAGAAUUUCCAUGUUGCACAC